CCUCCUGGUCAGCAGGCUGGGGCUGACCAUGUCUCUGGCCCUCCAUGGGGAAUAUCCUCAAGACCAUCCUGGCCUUCAUCCCUGCAGAACGCUGCCAGAACUACGUGGUGGGAGACCUCCGGGAGAUGCCCUCGGACAAGAUGGUGGACCUGAGUGGACACCAGCUCCGCCGCUUCCCUGCACACGUGUGCUCUUUCCAGGAACUGGUCAAGCUCUACCUGAGUGACAAUCACCUCAACAGCCUGCCUCGGGAGCUGGGGAGGCUGCAGAACCUGCAGAUCCUAGCCCUGGACUUCAACAACUUCAAGGCACUCCCCCAGGUGGUCUGUACUUUGAAGCAGCUCUGCAUCCUCUACCUGGGCAACAACAAACUCUGCGACCUCCCCCAAGAGCUGAGCAUGCUCCAGAACCUGCAGGCCCUAUGGGUGGAGGCCAACUGCCUCACCCAGCUGCCAGAGGUUGUUUGUGAGCUGAGCCUCCUUAAGACUCUGCACGCGGGCUCCAAUGCCCUGCGCCUGCUGCCAGGCCAGCUCCGGCGCCUCAGGGAGCUGAGGACCAUUUGGCUCUCAGGAAACCUGCUGACUGAUUUCCCCCCUGUGCUGCUUCACAUGCCCUUCCUGGAAGUCAUCGAUGUGGACCGGAAUAGCAUUCAUUACUUCCCCAGCCUGGCCCAUCUGUCAAGUCUGAAGCUGGUCAUCUAUGACCACAAUCCUUGUAAAAAUGCACCCAAGGUGGCUAAAGGUGUGCGCCGUGUGGGCAAAUGGGCAGAGGAAACACCAGAGCCUGAUCCCAGAAAAGCCAAGCGCUCUGCAUUGGUCAAGGAGAAAAAUCGGGACGCCCAAGCACGCACCCUGCCGCGGCCACUACCAUCUCCUCCCAGCUCCUGAUCUUCAGCUGUACGUCAAGAGAACCAACCUGUUAUCUUCUGGAGACCUAUUGGGAAGUAUAAAGGUUGUUCUUGGAUAUUUGGGGCGUCUCUGUCAGUAGGGACUGUCAAGUGAAAUGGCCAUGAAGAAAAAUUUAUGGUAGUUUCUCCCAAAGGCAAGUUGUCUUUGUAAGAAUGACUUCUUUGCAAGAAAACCAGCCUCACCAAGAAGGCCCUUUCCCAUUAAGGGCUUGGUCACUUUGGGGGUCACUUUGGCCUUCUCCACUCAUCACCAGUUGCUGGUCCAACACUCAUGAGCUCCUCAAUAAGGUAUUUGUGUUUGUUACAGCUCUUAAAAGUUCUGGGAAACCUGACUCUAGCCCUUUGCAAAAUAUACUUUCUUACCAUAUGACCAAAAUGGUAUGAAAACCCAGGUCACUUAAGAAGUAGUUUUAUGUGGCCAUUUAAUAAGACUCAGAGAAAAAAACCUGCGCAGGCUCAAGAACUCUUUCCUUGCAGUUCAGAAACCACUGAGCAGACCCUUAAUGGGAGAGUGCAUCCUGAUGCUAAUCAAGUUACCUUAAAGGGACUUAAAUGUUCAUGAUUUAGGUUGUUUUCCCUAAAAGAUCUGAAUCAAGGUUCACUUCCAACUGUCCUACCAACUGGUGACACUAGAAAUCAUCUAGAAAAUAGCAUCUUCCUUUGGUAAUGUGAUUUUAUUACUAAAAUUUACCCUAGUUGAAUCUACACUGCCUCCCUGAAACAGAGAUCCUGAUUCUUCAGUCGAUGGAAAGAAACAUGUCUGAAACGUAUUAAAGGUACAGGUCUGAGACAAAGUAGCCUCCUACCUUCUCCCACCAGUCAAGAAGCAGAGAUACCAAUCUGCUCCACUGGAGAAGGCUAGAGAAAGCAUCACUGCCUCGGGCUGUCCAUGGAAAUUAAUCAUAAUAAACUAGAGAAAUUAACCUAAAAACCACAGGUUUGCAACUACAUAUAUGCAAGGUGAAGCAGGAUGAUGAGAAGCACACUCAUCCCCAUAUUUACAGGCAGGCCAAUACUUGCACUGCUCUAAAUGCUUUUCUGGUUUCUGUACCACACUCAGUUCGCUCAUCUCAGCUUAAAAAUGCUUCUUUCAAAACUUAACAGAAACUAUCACGAUUUUUUCUCAUGUAAAAGUUGUAUUUAAGACUAUGAAAACAAGCACCAGAUUUGUGAUACUUUCACUAAACAAAAUUUAAUGCUUAGAGGUUUAUGCUUGAGAAUCCUAAGAGUAGGGUAUGUUUACCACAUUAUUUCCUAACUAUGUAAGGUCAUUAGUUAAGCUAUGAACACUGAGAAUAAGAUUAUUCACUUUCAUUGCAGUUACAAUGGCACGUCACAACAGACAUAAGAGCAAAUAAUUGUUCAAAUUUUUAUUUAAGCGUAGUAUGAGAAAUGAACUUUAAACCAACUGAAUUUUAUGGAAAAUGAAACAGCAAAUAAAUUAGACCUUAGGUAAAAUAGAAGGUCAGUUAAAUGUUCAAACUAAGGAUAUAACAGUCACUUUGAAACUUUGAUUGCAGUCUCCUUUAAGAGAGCCAAGCUUUUCAAACACAACUUGUUCUUGACUGGUCCAGAGUUUAAUCGCAUACAGAAUGCCUAACAGGGGUGGUGAUCAGGAACACGCUUCCUGCAAGGAUUAAAAAAUAUACGCUUAAGAAAAAGCAAUGAGGAUUAUGAAAAACAUAAACAAAGGUCUGUAUUAAACACAAAUUUAGGUAGAAUCCUAUUUUUAUUAAAAUCAUUUUAACCCAAUUCAUUUCUUGGAUGAUUGUGGGGAGGCCACAUCUAUGCUCAGGGCUUGCUCCUGGGACUACUCCAGGCGAGAUGCAGUGUUGGGAUCGAACCCUGCCAAUUGAGUGCAAGUCAAGCACAUCUGUAAGAUUUCUCCUGCCCAAUAAUUCACUUCUGUAUUACAAAGACACUUUAACCACAGAAUACCCCCUCUACCUCCUCCUACCUUUUGGGAAGUCCCCAACUUCUCAUCUAAACAACCUCAAAUAUAUAUUCUCUAUUAAAGCACCCACUGAUAUUUUCAACUAAUAUACAUGAUAGAAAAUUUUACUCAGUCACACUGUUAAUUUUCUUUUGGACGGGAGGGGAAGGAGGAACUUUGGGAACCCUAUGUGGUAUUAGUGAUUCACAAAAUCCCAGCAGAGAGUCAUAUGCAAAGUGCCCUAACUCCUAUACUGUUACUCCUAACUAAAGUGACAAGAUAUUGGGGACUCUAAAAUAUUAAUCUCUGAAUCAUUAUUUUAAAUACAGGAAAACAAAUUUCAAUAGGUAAGUAUGUAAUAGGGUUAAAUUGCUAAAAAAAAAAAUCAAGACCAACAAACAGAAAGGCCUCAUAUGUUA